AUGACUACCGUGGCAUCCGCGUCGGUGAUGCAUGACCACGAGGCCGAGAAGGAAUCGAAGGCAGAGAACAGCCCUUCGCGAUUCACAGCAGUUAAUGGCAAAGAAUCGUUGGGCAGUGGCACAGCCACUCCUAUCACAAGCACAAGCAGGAUCUCUGCGCGUGAGAAUCCGACUCUAGAGAGUUCCGCCUCUGACCGAACCCCGAAAAAUGGUGCUCAUGCUCCUUCGCGACACGAUGAGUCUCCGAGGAAUCCUGGGUAUGCAGAGCGGGAUAGCGCCGAAUGCGACCAGGAUGACCAACGAUCACGCCGUUCAUUUUCUUCCGCAGAACCCCUCGGCAGAAGUAAGCGCAAGAGAUCGGAUUCAAGAGAAGAGCAUGAAGGCCACAGUAUAUCUCAUAAGGCACCUAGGAGCCCAGACCCACGCCCAGACGACAGCAUAGCAUCAAGCAUUCAGCCGUCUCCGUCGAACGGCGUUGUAACAUCUCAAGGAGAAUCCGAUGUCAAACAGACGCCUACUCAUUCUCGACUGGACGAAAACGGCGACAUUCGCACAACAUUAACAGGCACAGCGUGGAAUGAGAUCGAUUCUCAGUUAAUUAAGCAAGCACAGCGUGCGCAGCAUCUCGAUGCUACGGACGCCCAACUGGCAGAAGCGCUUCAGCGAGAGGCCAAUGGUCAUGAGUCGCCGAAAGGUUGGAGCACUAGCAACCGUCCAACGGAAAGUUCUGUGCAAAGUGAACAGUCCGCCUCGAUGCCAAUAAUUUCACAGGAGCGGGCACACCCUGCUGUUCAGGUCGCACCAAAACGAAAACGUGUUUUUAGUAAUCGAACCAAAACCGGCUGCAUGACUUGCAACAAUUGCAUCAGGGGAGGAUUCUUGUGCGAAGGCUACUCGUCUCGGAGCACAUGGCAGAAGCCGUCACCCUCAAAGCCACCUGUACCUCUACAAUCGAAAGAGGGUUACAACGAAAUAGGUAGUCAAUAUAUGCAUGAUAUCAACCAACCACAUGAAAGGCCCCCAGCCUUGACGGAACAUAUAGAAACCAGCAAGAUGAGACCGAUCGUCGUUGAGGAUGCCGACCGUUCUACUUCCCAAUUCAGCACCAGUCCAACAGGCGUUAAUUCUGGUCGUGGUUGGACUAAGCGGACAUGGGGAGGAAGCAACCAUCCGGCGUAUAUGCCGGAUCAUCUAACGAAGUCAGACUACCGCGAUGUUCCAUCGAUUCAUGAGCUAUCUCGGGAGGGCCACUCGAAGUCAGAUUAUGCCAUUGUACCGCCAAUCAGGGAACUCUCUCACGGCAACCAUCCAAAGUCAGGUGCUUCCCUGUUCCAGAGUGGGAUCGAUCAACGACCGGCACACAGCAGCAAUUUAGAUACCAGCAGUCCGCAGGCUCAGGCACGCAUGGCUUUAAGUAUUGAACAUCAGCUGUCUGCACGGACCGUAUCCGGGGAGGAAACGGAGAAAGAGAAAAUGAUGCGCGGCGAGCUUUACCGGCCCUACGAUGUUCAACUUGUAGAGGAAAGGGACCGUUGUAAGGCUGCCUUAUGGAGGUUCAACAAUGCGUGCAACCCAGUAUCGGGGCUUAGCACUAAGGAACAAAUGCGCCUGCUCAGAGAAGUUUUUAUCCCCCCUGUCUCGGCAUCCAAUACCCCUUCUGGCGCUUCCACAUCCCGUUCUUCUGGGACGAUUGGCCAAGGUGCAAUUGUUGAGGCACCUUUUCACUGUCAUUAUGGUUACAAUGUGCACCUAGGUGAAGACGUUAUGAUUUCCGAGGACUGCCUUUUUGUGGAUGACUGCCCCAUUACCAUUGGAGCGCACACGUGGAUCGGUCCUCGAGUCACGAUAAUCAGUUCGACAGCUCAUGCAAAUAUGCAAGAACGCAAAGGCUCGCAGAGUCGCUAUCAAGGGCGCUCCGUUGCUAUUGAGGAAGAUUGCUAUGUUGGCGCUGGCUGUACGAUUUACCCUGGUGUCCGUCUUCGCCGCGGUGCAUACGUUGCUCCAGGUGAGGUGGUAAAGUCCGAUAUAGUAGCCUAUGGCUUUCAGGGGUUGAAGCCUGGGUAUAUGUGA